GUUUCCUCUUGAGCAGGGGCUGCAACGUGAUAGCAUUUUGACGUCUUUGUUCUUGUUUCUUUCUUGUGAGUAGUGAUAGCAAAUUUGCACACAAGUUCAGCGGCAUUCGGCAUCAAGUUAAGGUGCAGCAUAUCGAGCUCAGCAGACGAAACAAGCCCGAGGUUGGAUCGAAAGACGACGAUGAAUAACAUGAUCUCUGCAAAUCAAUUGUUUGCCGGUUGCAAAAAGAGAGCCCAGCAAUUUCUGUCAAUGUCUCAAAACUUCAUCAUAACCACUACCAAGGACAUGCCAAAACAUGCCGAAAAGUACAACAUGUAUUUAAAAAGCUACAGAAUAUGUGAUUUGGAGCCUGAGACACUUCGGAAGUUAGCUCGAAUAAAAAGAUCCAAAUUAAGGAACCUCAGACAAUUGAAAGAGCAGGCCAUGGAAAAAUUAUUGGCUAGUGAUGCAUGUGGAAAAACAACCCUUCUUUCAGUUUCUCCCUUGUUGCAGCAGGAAAUCCAAAGUCACGUCGAGAUGCACCUCAGAGGCUCUUACAAAUAUGAUCAGACGCUGGAAAUGGCCAAGUGGAUGUUGAAGUUCGCUGGACGAGUGUUCUUGAAUGACCACACAAAGGAGUUUGAUUUUGCCAUCAUCAGAUCGUACCACAAUCUUGAAGAACAGAUGUGGAAUUUGCUCGUCGAAAGAUGUCCUAAUUUGGAGAGGAUCACGGACAACCUGGGUUCCAAGAUCCGUACCUUCAAGAGUGUCCUUCCGUACCUCAAAAGGUUUCCGAAGCUGGAGCACAUCAGUCUCGAAGGCUACCAGUGCACUGCGGAUGACCUGACUCGGAUUUCGCAAAUCUUUCCCAAUCUACACUCGUUAUCCGCCACAUUUGAUUUCGUCGACGACAACAUCUUGAGAGCCUUGUUUGCCCUGCAAAGGUUGGAAAGUCUGGACAUCGUUUGGGAUGAUUGGGAUGUUGGAAUGAUUGAAAACGAUGCAUUUCGAGAAGAGCAGACCCACUACCUGGAUUUCUUCAAAGCCGAAUGCCUUGCUCACCUGCCCCACCUGCAGUACCUUUCAGGGGGUAGAGUUUUCCACAACCACCGUCCCAUCUGCACGACCAACAGAAAACUCUCCUUGAGAGAAAUGGAGAUUGUCGAUGCCUUUGAUUAUGAUUUAGUGCCCUGCGUAGAAAAACUGUUCAUUUCGGGGCCUCUCCUGCUGCACCGUCAAAGCUUUAAUGGUCUCUCAAAUCUCAGGUCAUUAACCUUGACCGAUGUCAAAGAUCAAGACCUGUGCGAAGUGCUCGCCGACUGCGGAGGCAAACUAGAAGAACUUGCUGUGAAAGACAAGUACCUGGUUGUGGACCCGUACGAGUUGCUUGCAAAGUGUCCUCACCUUCGCAAAUUUGACGUUAGCUGUAAAAUGUCGUUUGAAGACUCGUCAUAUUCCGUGACAGCCAACCAUUUUCAAUUCAUUCAAACAUUCAAGUACAAAAAUUCUGAUGAGACCAAUAAUUCUCCACCUUAUUUGUUGCCCCUUGUCCUGACUGCACCAAAUGUGGAGGAAAUCUCAAUGUCUAAAGACUGCAUCCCCUCUGCUGACCUGUUGCUUUUGACCCAACAGCUUGUCGAGGGACGCAUUCUGCAGAAAGUGAAGAAGAUUGAAUACAAAAUAAGUGGAAAGCCACGUUCAGAGUUCGUGCAGUUCGUCCGUCUUCUUCCAGUUUGUGCUCCUCGACUUGAGGUUGUAAAAAGUAAUGGAAAGUAGAUUAACAAACUUUCAAAAGUUAUUGUGAAAGCUGUGAUUAUAUAUGAAGUCGAUGUACCUCUAAAAUUUAAAACUUGAAGCACACAGCUUUGUAAUGAGACUGGGAAAAAUAUUAAUUAUAAAAGGUUGAUGCCGUUCUAAUGCCAGGUUCAUGUAUUAUGUGAGUUUAAACUACUCAGAUUGAGACUAACAUAAUUUAUAUUUAUGGAUGUGUAUGAACAAACACUUUGACUUAACACAUAAAGUGUGAUGUGAUAUAAUGUGCAAAUUGGCAAUAUAGAGUAUUUUCGACACUACUAAAAUGUACUGAAUU